CACACACACACACUGUCUCGGAAGCCCAGGGACGCGCUAACACACAAAGCAGCCCCCUCGCCCUUUCUGAAAAUGCUCUGUUGGGAAUUUUUCUUGGUAUCGAUGCUCAGUAGUUUCCUAGUAUGGGCAAGUCCUUCGACUAACAUCAAGAUCACCCAAGCGCUGCCCUUGCACCUGCCGGGGUCCAGCCUCGCGGCCCUCUGCCCCCUCUUCUGGACUGAGUUCCAGGGGCACUGCUACCGAUUCUUCCCUCUGAACCGCACGUGGGCCGAGGCGGAUCUGUACUGCGCCGAGUUCUCCAACGGCUACAGAUCAGCCAAACUCACCUCUGUCCACAGCUGGGAGGAGAACGUGUUUGUUUACGAUCUAGUGAACAGCCGUGUCCCGGGGAUACCGACAGAUAUCUGGAUUGGCCUGCAUGACAGGAGACAGGAGGGCAUGUUGGAAUGGACCGAUGGUUCGCCAUACGAGUACAGCUACUGGGACGGCAACCAACCCGACGACGGCAUCCACCGCAUCCCAGAGCAGGAGGACUGCGUGGAGAUCUGGUACAGGUCCAACAGCGCGCUGAGGUCCUGGAACGACAACAGCUGUGACAAGGCUUUCCCGUUUGUGUGCAAGAUCCUGACAUUGGAUAACUAGCCCCCCGCUGGUCGCCACUCUGCGUGACAUCCCGACGCCUCCCAGUCAAAAGGCGGCAAUGGGAUUUUCCUGCCAUUCCUGUUCCUGCAGUGACGAUCCCUGUAGGAUGACUCCCCAAAUCCCCCGCCACACUGCCAAGGUCUCUCAUCCAGCUGGCCUUCAUUUGGGCCAGUGACACAUGACACACUCACACACACACACACACACACACACACGCACUCCCUGCAUCCUCGCUUUAGAAAUUGUUUAAUUUGCCUGGAACUGCUGAAUGGUUACACAAUCACCUCAGUGCUGAUGUGGAUUUUUUUAUGCGUAAGUGUUUCUAGCAGUCAGUUCUCAUUAUAACGUAGGAGAGGGCUGGUCAGUCUGUAACGGCACGGUCAGUUGCUUCCAUUGCGGUAGCUCCAGCAGGCACUGGACGUGGAGGCGCCCUGUGGAGGUCCCCUGAGGUCUCCACCCUCAACCCAUUCUGUGACUGCACUGCUAGAGUGGACAUGAUUCAACUAGACCGUAAUUGCUGUGGAAUCCUUGCAUCUUAUUAAACGAAUGAACAUCCUCUAAUUGUGUCCUUGCAUGUUGUUUUCUGUCUGAGUGUGUCGAUGCUCCUCUCUUUUUGAUCCUUUUCAUUCACAGCUGCUUUUCUC